CCUCUUCCUUAUUUGCAUCUUCUUCGCACUUCUCUCUGAGACGCGGAGAGAAGCCUUUCCUCUGUAUUCUUUUAAGGCUUAUAGACAGUAGGGAGAGUAGAAAAUCUGAUGGGGAAGAGGAAAGAGCGUCGCUUCGCCGCUAAUAAUUCGAGUCGUCGUGUCAAGCUUGAUCUCUUCGCGGAACCCUCUGAACUCGAUCUCGGUUAUGUAUUGAAGAAAUCUGAAGCUAUUUGAUGAAGAUUAGGGAUUGUGAUUAUCUGUUGAUAGAUUCUUAUAGGAGUUUUCCAGAUAUAAUAAUAGUAUUGUAGUUAUAUCUCUAUUUCUUUGAUAUCUUUUUGUGCAGGAGAUUUGGGUGGCUCAGAUGUGCGUUGUGAUGGAGAUGAGAAGGAACAAACAGAGCCUAAUGAGUUACCUAAGUCACCUUCUUCUUCAGGUGGGUUCCAUCAGCUAUCUUCAGUUCAGCUAAUGUAGCAACGCCCUUAGACACAUGUUAUGUUGUUUGCCCCCCAAAAAUUUGUUGCUCUCAGAGUAGAGAGUGGCUGUGGUGUUGGAGACAUCGUAUGACAUUCAGUUCAGGCCAAGCCACAGUGAUAUUAUGAAUUAGUUGCUCUAUUGUUUGCAGCUUCAAGCUUACUAGCUUAGUGGGGGGCUUUCUUCUGGAAGUAGCUCAUAGCGGUUCGUAUGUCUCUGGCUGUUUUGGCUUGCAACGUUUUAACUGACGGCUUUGUCAUUUGUUGUGACAGGUCGCUGAUAAAUCCUUCCCCGACGCUAUUCUUCAUCCUUUUAUAACUUACUUAUGCAACCUAAAAAUGUCACAUAGCUAUUCUUUUUCGUAUCAGUUUAUAUAACUGAAGGCUAGUUAUGUAUGUAGUUGAGAUUCCAAAGUUUGACGCUUUAGUCUUUUUGUUUUCAGGUCAGAAAACAGAGAACCCUUUGCUUUUACUUGGACAAUAUAGUGAUGAGGAGGAGGUGGAAGAUGAGAAAGAGGAUAAGGCAGAUGAUGCCACUGCCGAAAGUUCUUUAGCCAAUAAAAAUGAGAAGGUUAAAGCACACAAAGAUACAAAUGUCAAAUCUGGUGCAGACACGACUAUCAAGAUGGUUGACCAACAACAAACAGCGGAGGAUUCUUCUGCUUCUUUUUUUAAGGCUGAAGGGGGGAGUGGUUAUGUCACAGCAAGUUACUCCACAGCCUCGGGUGGACUAAACAAGCAGACGGGUCCCUCAGUUCAAGCAACUGGCACCGUGUCUUUGGAGUAUCAUGCUCCCAUGGAUGUUACUUCGCAGUGGAAGAUGAUUUUGCAUGAGGAGAGCAAUCAGUAUUACUACUGGAACACACUAACUGGAGAAACUUUGUGGGAAGUUCCUGCUGUAUUGACUCAAACUGCUACGGCAUAUGGGACUGGAUACAAUGAGUCUGGGCAUGUUGUUACAGAUGCGUACACCUUGAGUUCUGGUGUUGAACCAAGCUAUUUGCAACAACCCGUGGAAAAUGUAUACACAGGAACUGAUUGUUCGACCUCUCUAACAGCUGAGCUGGGUGGGAGUAACAAAAGUGGAGAUCAUUAUGCCAAAAGCUUAGGAACUGAUGGUCAUCAAGUUGAAAGUCAGAUAGACUCUGCUGUUAAUUACCAACCAUGUCAGGAGAAGCUUGCAGGGCCAGGAAAUUCAGAUCAUAUGCAGGCUAGUGUUGAUCAAGGAGCGGCUACUGACCUCCCUUCUCGCCUGUUGAGCCAAAGCGAAGGCUUACUGGAGAAGCUGAGGUCUCUGCAGAAGUCUCAUGGAAACUUUCACAGCAAUGAGCAGAUAUCAAAGUACAUACUGGAGCUUGAAGUCAGACAUUCUGAUGUAAAGGCACUGUUAUAUGAUACCUCACCUUUACUUUCCUUUUGGCUCCACACUGAGAAAGAACUCAAGCGUCUGGAAGACGGCGUUAACGAUGAGAUUUACGAGCUUGCAAAAUCUGCAGUAAUGGAUGGAAUUGCAGAAACUAACAAUAGCUCUCCCAAAGAAAAGUUGGUCACAGAUGAUAAUACAGCAAGUGAAACUCAUGACAGUGGGAGAGAAGGAGAGUUAGUUCAAUCGGGAAAAACUCUUCAUUCAGAUGAAUCAGUGGAUGGUGAUGGAUCUCCCACCCACUCCCAAAGCCAUCCAGCUGAGAAGUCUGAUAAUGUUACUCCUUUAGAUGAGAUUCAGAAGGUAGGCUCCUCAGUUGUGGAAGAUGUUGAUAUGGAUGUGGAUAUGGAGGUUGAAGAACCAGUUUCAUCGUCUCCUGUUCAAGUGAUAGAUGCUUCCGAUGGUAAUCAAACAGAGCCAUCCAACCUUCACGCAGAUGUUCCACCACCUCCGGGAGAAGAAUGGGUUCCACCACCGCCUUCUGAGGUUGAAGAUGUUCCACCACCACCGCCUGAUAGUUUUAGUGAACCAGCUCCUCCACCUCCUCUUGAAAACGAUCAUGCCCUUCCACCAUUGUCCAGUGACUCUGUGGGAGUUACCUACACCGUACCUCAAUCUUAUAUUCAGCAACCUGCUGAUUAUGCUGCUCAAUACAACUUAACCUAUCCAGAGUCCAGUUAUCAAUAUAUUGCCAAUGCUGCUGCUCCUAACACUCAGUUCUAUGGCCAAGUCGACGGAUCUCAAGUCUCUCUGCCCCAGUCGGCAUAUUACUAUGAAACUGUUCCUGGUACAAGUGAAGUUGCUCCUGUUGAAGCUUAUUACAAUCUCAAUGGCGUAGCUCCGCUCUUUCCAGUCUCUGCGGAGGCAUCACUGAAUCACGGUGGAGCUGGUUCUGCUAACUACAACAUCCCAAGCGAUUCUUCUAAAGCUGUAGAGCCUAACUCCAAAUCCAAUGAUUCUGGGGAAGCAGCAUCUUUGAGCUCUGCUGCACAAUCCACAGAUGGUACAGGUGGAGCGCCUCUAUUAGCAAAGGGUCAAUCUAAAGUGAAACGGGCUAAAAAGCGGACAGUUGCUGCUACUACAUCCACAUUGAGGUCUAAUAAAAAGGUUUCGAGUUUGGUGGACAAGUGGAAAGCUGCGAAAGAAGAGCUAAACGAUAGUGAAGAAGAGGAGGAAGAAGAUGAUUACGGGGUCCUAGAUAGAAAAAGACGACGAGAAAUCGAAGAAUGGAAAUCCAGACAGAUAGCGAGUGGAGAGGCUAAAGACAAUGCUAACUUCCAACCCCUCGGUGGUGACUGGCGUGAGAAAGUAAAAAGGAGGAAAGAAAGAGCGGGACGUGAAGCCGAUGAGCCUAAGAAGAAAGACGACAAGGUACAAAAACCUGAUCUGACAAAACUCUCAGCACAUCUCCCUUCAGGGUGGCAGGCGUAUUGGGACGAGUCUACCAAGAAAACUUACUAUGGGAAUACGAUAACAUCUGAAACCUCUUGGACACGACCCACCAACUGAAAUCUGUUAUCUGUUUUUCUUCACCCAAAGUUUUGUACUGUUACUUAUAUUUCUAGAAUACAUUUGUAAUUCUAGAUUUUCUCAUCAUUAUAGUGUAAAUCUAUUACAGAGCUCAGCGUGUUACAUGUCUCAUUUGUUGGAGACAAAAUCUUAGGCGAGAUCACAUUUUAACA